AUGAUUCUAGUUUACGAGUACAUGCCUGAUGGAACACUUGCUGAUCAUCUUUACAAAAAGAAUGAGAAAUCUGUUUUGUUGAGUUGGGAACAACGGCUGAAUAUAUGCAUAGGUGUUGCCCACGGAUUCGUAGCUGCAAUCAGUCAGUCUGAUACUCCAGACAUUGCUAGCGUAAAAGGCACGCGAGGGUAUAUGGAUCCUCACUAUCGCGAGACACGUGGAUUAUCACCCAAGACUGAUGGGUAUGCGCUCGGUGUAGUGUUGCUCGAAGUGCUCGGUGGUAGGCGGCAAUUUGAUCCUGAUGCGCCCGAUGGACAAAAGCGGUUAGUGUUGAGGGCUGAGAAAUGUAUCAGAGAAAGAGCUCCAAACUCGAUUGUCGACCUAGGUCUACGGGGGAGCUUGGCUAAUGAUGGUUAA